AUGGACUCACAAAACCACCACCACCACCACACCAUUGAAGAAAUAGACCAAGAACAAAGCAUAAGCACGGGAAAUGUUUCUCACCAACCAGAACCCACUACACUCCAACUCAAAGAAGAAACCUUAACAGACCCAGAAGAAAAUCAAGAAUUUGAGGACCACGACAGGAACAUUACACGAACCAACGACGGUUCUUCUUCUUCUUCUCUUGUUGUACAUCAGGUACAAAGACAACAACAGAAGCAACAAGUAGUAAUGGCAGCAAAAAGGAACACAAAAGAUAGACACACAAAGGUAGAAGGUCGAGGACGGAGAGUUCGGAUGCCAGCAACAUGUGCAGCCAGGAUAUUUCAGCUAACUCGAGAGCUAGGUCACAGGUCUGAUGGUGAAACAAUAAGAUGGUUGCUUGAACACGCAGAGCCAGCAAUUAUUGCAGCAACGGGUACAGGCACAGUACCUGCUAUUGCUGUUUCUGUAAAUGGAACAUUAAAAAUCCCAUCUGAAUCACCAUCUACAACAACAGCAGACAGUGAUGCUGAUGGUUUGGCGCCUAAGAAAAAACGUAAGAGACCUGGUAAUAGUGAAUUUGUUGAUCUUUCUGAAGCAGCUCAUCAGAAUUCAGUUUCUUCAGGUUUGGCUCCUAUUGCUACUCCGACAAGUACACAAGGUUUGGUGCCAUUAUGGCCAAUGGGUGCUUUUAUGUUUCCUCAAGGGAGUAGCGUUGGUGUUGGUGGUGGGUCAAAUCAAGCUCAAUUUUGGGCUUUUCCUGCUACCAGUACAUCACCAUUUUUUAACAUGGCUGCUAGGCCUAUUUCUAGCUUCGUUUCUGCUAUGCAACCUGGGGUCCAACUGGCUGGUAAUGUUGGCGCUGGUGUUGGUUUUGGUGGUGAGUCAUUGGGGUCAGGUGGAUCACCACCUUCUAACACCAUUGGGUCAAUGAGUUCUUCAAGUUCAGGAUCAAGUACUACAAGUGCUAGUAAUAGUGGUGGUGGUGGUGGUGGCGGCACACAAAUGUUAAGGGAUUUUUCUUUGGAGAUUUAUGAUAAGAAAGAGCUUCAAUUUUUGGGUCAUCCUGUUAAUCAUGACCAUCAACAAGCACCAUGUUCAGAAUCUUGA